AUGAAUAUAUCUCUGGGGUAUCCACAUUCCACAAAGCAAGACAGCACCAUGGACAGCUUGGAGAAACAGCUAAUUUGCCCCAUCUGUUUGGAGAUGUUUACCAAACCGGUGGUGAUUCUCCCUUGUCAACACAACCUUUGUCGAAAAUGUGCCCAAGAUAUUUUCCAGGCCUCAAACCCUUAUCUAUCGACCAGAGGAACCACGGUAUCUUCAGGGGGACGUUUCCGCUGCCCGUCCUGCCGACAUGAGGUGGUCCUGGACAGACAUGGAGUCUAUGGCCUGCAGAGGAACCUGCUGGUGGAGAAUAUCAUUGACAUGUACAAACAAGAACAGGAGUCCUCAAGCAGCAAGCCUGAGCCUGAGCCUGCCAAGUGUGACCAGCCCAUGUGUGAGGAGCAUGAGGGUGAGAAGAUCAACAUCUACUGUGUGACGUGUGGCGUGCCCACCUGCUCUCUCUGCAAGGUGUUCGGAGCCCACAAAGACUGUGAUGUGGCCCCACUCAACACUAUAUUCAAUAAGCAAAAGACUGAGUUGACUGACUGUAUAGCCAUGCUAGUGGGAAACAACGACAGGAUUCAAGGCGUCAUGAGUCAACUGGAUGAGACCUGUAAGACCGUUGAGGAGAAUGGCAGGAGGCAGAAAUCCAAAGUGUGUGAAAGUUUCGAUCACCUUUAUGCCGUCCUGGAGGAGCGGAAAGGAGACAUGACCCUGAAGAUCAACGCAGAGCAACAGGAGAAACUGGACUAUAUAAACGGCCUCAUGAGGAAGUAUAGAGAGCACCUGGAGAACAUGGCAAAGAUCGUGGAGACAGGGAUACAGACAAUGGAGGAGUCAGAGAUGGCUACUUUCCUGCAGACUGCAAAGCCUCUUCUACAAAACCUCAUUGCAGGCACUAACAUCUCCCACCUGGACAAAGUGGAGCGUGGCUAUGACAACAUGGAUCACUACACAGCUAACUUUGAGCGGGAGAGGAGGGUACUGCUCACUAUAGACUUUGUGAAAGAUGUUGAAGAAGAUGAAGAUUUUGAAGAUGGAGAAGAGGAAGUAGAAUUGAGGCGGAUGACAGGGGAGACCCGUACAGAUGUCUCCCCCUCUGCUGCAGGGCCCUCUGUCGUUAAGGCCAACCCUCCACAGCCCCAGCAGCAGAUAGCACCCCCACCCCUUCCUCAGAGACCUAUUGAGACCCUAGGUGUCAUGGCUACCCUGGCCAACCCACAGGGCCCCGCCCGUGCCACAACCCCAGUACAAUUCCCAUCCCUAACCCCAACACCAACUGCCACCGCACAGGCCAGCCCAGUCCACUUCCCAACCCCAACCACAACCCCUGUUCAGUUCCCAAACACAAAUCUGGUUAACUUCCCAUCAGCGGAGCCACCGACACAGAUGACUUCUGAUACGGCAUCAAGUCAGCAAAACACAGAUGACAAAGAUGGAACCAAACACGUCUUCUCUUUUUCUUGGCUGAACAACCAGAAGUAG